AUGAGGCUCGGUAGAUUAAUGAACGUGCUUCAUAAAGCUAAUUUAAGUAAUACAGAGAAUAAGGAAGAAAACCCAGAGUAUACAAUGGAAGAAAAGUUAACAAAAAAAGUAGAAUCAGGAAACAAGCCGACACAAGCAGAAAAAAUAAUAGCACAUUUUAAAGGUUUUGAUAAAAAAGGAAAGAAUAGAGAUAAAGGAAAGAAGAGUAAUGAUGACGGAAAAAAGAAAAGAGUUCCAACAGUGGAAAAUCAAAUAACAUCUUUAAAAAUAAUAUCAAGAGCAGCAGCAAAAGUUCGUGAAAUGGAAACUAGAAGACAGCCUUUUAUGGACUAUUCAGUGGAUUAUCAUCCUCACAUUACAAAUAAAAAUGUAGAUAAAUUAUUAUAUUUAGAAACAAAUACAUUAGCAGUUAAAAAAAGUUUAGUAAGGAGCAAAAUUCAACAUGAAAGAGAGACUUUGCAAAAAAUGAGAGGUGUUUGUAUAUAUAUUAAGGCUAAAUUGCCAACUGCAAUUGAAAAAUUUAGGGGUAAAAAUAAAUUAAAAUCUGAAUUGAAGAACGAAAAAAGUUUAAAUAGAGGAAAAGAAGAGAAUGAAGAAAAUAAUGAAUCUGAACUAUCUAAUGAGACAAAAUAUGUGGAUGAUUUAGGUAGAGGUGAGAGAAAAAUUGAAAUAGAUGUAACGACUAUUCACAGUGUUUUGGGAUUAUCUGGCCUUGAAUUAUUAGAAGAUAUUGAUACAACUGAAGUAACAAAAAUAAGGCAUAGAUUAUUACAUGUAAAAGAGUCAAUUUUGUCAAAAGUAUUUGAAGCAAGUAACGAUUAUGUAAUAAAAGGAUUAAUUAAUUUUGACCCAAAUAGACUGAUAGGAUUGGUCCCAAUGCUUUUAUCUGUGGUUAAAUAUAAAUUUAAUAAUCCAAAUUUUUGGGCAUCAGUAGUACAUGAAUUAUGGUUUUUUAUUAUCAUUUCACAGCACAAUAAUUUGAAAGUUGGUGAUCAUUCAACUGAAAAGGCUGUUCAAAGUUUAAAUACCACAAAUGGGUUAAAAAGCAAUUUACAAAGAAACCAAAUUUUUCCUGAUUAUUAUAUUGCUAUAAAUUAUUUGCUAUCAGGAAUGGUUGAUACCAAAAUUCCAGGUGUACUUAGAUUAUUGGUUAGGCUAAAUAUGAUGUAUUAUUAUGAAUGCAGAAUCAAUACAUUAAUAUUGUUUUGUAACAAUCCAAUGGAAUUAUGGGUUGAUAGCAUAAAAAUCUCAUCAUUACUUAACAAUAUUGACUCAAUAAGGACUUUAUUAACUUCAUUAUCAGAAUCAAAAAAUUUGGAUAUUCAACAACUUGCUAUAAGAGUCUUUUCAAGCAAUUUAACUUCAAUUAUAUUUUUUCAUUUAAUUAACUCUCCAAUUAAUUUGGUACAUGAUAGAGAUAAUCUUAAAUUGAUUACGUGCUAUAUCGAAUUUUUGAACGAAUGCUUGUUAAUUGGGCAUUCAAAAGAAUUAUUAAGUUACAUUUCAACAGAAGAAUUUGUGAACAAAUAUACUGUUUACUCAACUUUUGGCCAGGGAUAUAGAUUUUAUUCUGAAUUGGAUGCAGACAAUAUUUAUUUGGAUAAAAACGGUGAAAAUAUUAUCAGAAACAAGCAAGAUCCAAAGGAAGAGUAUUCAAUUUUUGGGUAUAGUAGAAAUAAAAAUAAUAUGAAUUUAAGGUAUAAUAAUGAAAAAUACAAUGUUUGGGAUAUAUUUUCAAUAGUUUGUGAUCCAAAAUAUAAAGAGUCAAUAUUAUAUCCGGUUGUGUUAUUUUUGGCUGAUGCAAUGUAUUUUUCUUUUGUAUACGAGAUAGAUUGGGAUUAUGAUAGUUUAAAAAAUUUAUUAUUCUCAGUUAUUCAGCUAAAAAAACAUUUUAAAAAGGCUUUAAUAGUAUUAUUAGAGGACACAAAAAUAGUAAAAAAGUAUUUGAGAUUAUUAUAUAAUGGGGAGGAAAUUGAUUUAAAACGUUUACAAGAAUGGAUUACAGAUCGCAGGAUAAAGGAAAGUACAAUUUCAAGAAAAUUGGAAGAAAGUGCAAAAGUACCAUGCUUUCACCCAAGUUGUAAUAAUUUUACAGUUGGAUCAAAAGUUAGGACGGCCAAAUUAAAUAAAGUAAAAGCCAAAUCAGAGAAAAAAGUGGAACUUGAUUUUAGAUAUUGUAGAGGCUGUUUUGUUGUUAGUUAUUGUUCAGAUAAAUGCCAAAAAUCUCAUUGGAAAUUAUCGCAUUCAUCAAUGUGUGGAUUAAUGGCAGUACCACCAGCAUCUUUAAUAUUUAAUUCAACAGUCAAUUGGCCAAUAAGAUUACAUUUACAUAGCACAAAAGACAAAAUUUUGGAGUCAGAGUCUAUUACUUAUUUGCAAGAUAAAUACUAUAAUAAUGUAUAUAAUAACUUAUCGUUUAAAGUAUUUUUUGACUCAUGUAAUUUGUCGAUACCAUUUCCAUUAUCAGUUGAAGGUUCAAGUAGUACCCCAUAUCAUUGUGGUUUAAGGGAAUGCUUUAGAGAUGAUUGUUUAAAAUUCCCACCCAGUGAAAAUGGAUUAAGAAGAGUAAAUGUUUUUGAACAUAAAAAUUUGUUAAUCUAUAAAGAACUAGAUAACAAUCAAAAAUUAUUAUUGCAAAUUGGCGAUCCAAGAGCUUGGAAUUCAUAUAUAAAACUAAAUAAUAAAGAAAAGGUUAAAUCCAAUAGAAAGAAGAAGAAAAUAUGUUUAACAAGAAGUUUUGCUAAUAUGUACAAUAUUCAAAUGAUUAAACAGAAGUGA